AUGAUGUUCCAGUUUUUCGGAAUAGGUAUAAUAGGUAUAUUAGAAGUAUUUACGUAUACUUGGCCAGCAGAACAUUUAAUGUACAUGACCAAAGAUGUCGCAGAAGCAACGUUUAAUAUGCUCGAAAACGAUCAUUUCAUUAAAGUAUGGAAAUGUCUGCAAAUUAUUAUAAUGAGAAGUCAAAAACCAGUAACAAUUUCAAUACCUUGCCUUAUGCCUACAUUAUCUCUUAAUUACUUUACAUCGUAUCUUUCAACUGUACUCUCUUAUUUCACAACACUGCGAGUAAUAAUGGAUGAUUAA